AGCUAAAAGUCGAUGCAGCCGCGAGCGGGAAAUUUAUCGGCGCUGAGCGCCGAGCUCUCGAGACUUGUGUUUUCCUUUUUUUCCUUUCGAGAGCAUCUAUGAAUAAUAUCGACGAUGAUGAGCAAGUUUUUCUUAGCAGCCACUGUUGCUGCCGCUGCCGCCGCUUGGGUUACUUUUUCUCGCUGCAGUAGAGGCCGCUUUUAUCUCCGGGCGAGACUCGAAAUGAUUUAGCUGUUGCGUGCAUACGAACGAGAGCCGAGAAGAGAGAGAAUUGGAUCGGGUGUUUUUUUCGUCGACGGCGAGUCAACAAUCCCACCUUCUGUUUUUUUUCCUGUCCAAGAAAACGCCGCAGCAGGUGUUGCCCGGCAAAAAAUCAAUUUUAAUCUCGAGCCAUUCACACAGCCGUCGAGAGAUUGAUUUAGCGGAGAAAGCGAACGGCCGAUAAAUCACGUUUAUCCGCGCAGGCAUUAGUGUACUAUACGGCGAGGAGAAAAAUCUCGCCGUGCGUCUCAUUAUAGCCGGCGUGUAAUUUGAUUCCCGCCGAGCACGAGAAUAAGCAGGACAACAGCCGCGAAAAAAGCGUAAUCACAGGCUCGCCGGCUAAUCAGAAGCCUCUCGUGCUCAAAACAAACGUAUCAUCAGACGUCGGAGGGAGAGCGCGAUAACAAUCGAAAGCGCCGCUGCCGAAAGCCGGCGCUGCUGCGGCUGCAUCCACAGCAGACGAAAUAAACAUUCGCGCGCGCCAUCUCUCCCGUCUCGCCGCCCCCACCCUCUCGGCCGCGUAACGCGUCAGCGGAAGGAAAGCCUCGCGUAUUUGGAGUACGAUGUCGAGCCGCCGCGAGGAGAAACGCGCGCGCGGUCCCCCCACCGAGAGAGAGAGAGAGAGAGAGAGAGAGAGAGCGGGCUGCGUAGUGGGGGACAGAGAGAGAGAGAGAGAGAGAGAGAGAGAGAGCGCCUGGAGUAGAGUGGUGGGGGGAGCGUCGGCGGCUCGCGCGCAGCAGACAGGCGGUGCGCCAGUGUCGCUCCGGCCGCUGGCACGUUUGGUCGCUGCCGCAACAUAGCCAAAAGAGCGAUCUGUCCGUCUGCUUCCCUCUUUCGCGGAAGAGUCGUUCUCCGUGUCCGAGUGUCGUCGCGCGGCUCGUCUCUCACCCGUCCCUCAAGUGGAGAUGGGCUAAGGCAGAGCAUCGUUGAGUGAGCCAGUGCCCCGCGUUUGUGUGAUGUGACACGGAGUUGUUGUUCCACGGAGCGAAGAGGUAGCCCCAGCAGCUACAAGCCGAGUGAAGUUGCAAAGCAAAAGUGAAGCAGCAGCAGGAGAGCGCGCAGCUCAAGAUGAGUCCAGCCUCACAGGGAGCCCUCGAGGUGGAGCGCUACAUCGGCAGCUGCCUCAUCUCCUCGACCGGCAGAGCCGCCUCGGGCCUCCAGAAGCCCUUGCUCGCCUCGUCCGGCUGCCGCAAGCAGGACCUGCAGCAGCAGCAGCCGCAGAGUCAGCAGCUCCGAAACUCGAAGCAGCAAUGCCAGCAGAGCCAGUUCGGAGCGGUGGGCACCUGGGCCGGCGGCGCGCCGCUGAUAUCCAUGGCCUCGAACCCGCGGCGCAGUCAGCGCUCGCCCCCGAGCCAGCAACAGCAACAGCAGCAGCUGCAGCAACAGCUUAACGACCAGCGGGUGCCGCUCGCGAGGCUGGCCGUGCACACGCAGGGCGCGCCGCUGAUACUGUCCACCGGCCGCUUCCACAACGGCGGCAACGCUCGCGCCAAGAUCCCCAACGGCGCCGCCGCGAUCGCCAACUGCGUGGCCGGUCUGACGGUCGGCAGCGCCGGCAGCGUAUCGGCCAACCUGGCCAGGUGUCAGCCGCCGCCGAGGCUCAACAAGGCCGGCUCGGUCACGACCGGCGAGCAGAAGAAGCCGCAGCAGCAGUCGACGGGCGCGAAGGACGCGGGCGGCAAGGAGGCGACGACGACCAACAUCGACUCGCUGAGCAUCGCCAGCGACGAGAGCUCCGGCUCGAACAACUCGGAGAACAGCCUGCCCCGCAUCAUCAAGCCCCGCAAGCGGAGAAAGAAGGACCGAAAACCACCGCCGGUGGUCAGCGGCGGCAGCGCUGUGGUCGGCGGCGUGGCGACUGCCGCCGGCCCCAACCCCGCGAGCGACGUCAAAACUGCGGACGAGGGACUGCAGCAGAGCCCCUCGAUGCCCGGCAGCAACGCCGCGGCCAUCGAGCAGCAGAUGAAGCCCUACCAGGCGUACGACGGCGGCGCGCGCUACGUCAACGGCGACGGCUACUACAAGGGCCAGCGGAGGCCGAUCAACGCUAACAACAGCGGCUACGGCCGAGUCAACAACUCGUCGGCGAGCUCCACGACCUCGAACAGCGCCGUCAACGCGCAGAGUCAGGAGGUCGUCGACACGAGGCAGCGCGGCAACAACUAUUCGCAGCAACAACAGCAGCAGCAGCACCGACACGUGCAGGUGAAAGUGCUCGACGACAACCGGAACGUCAUCCUGCCAGUUCCGGUCUGCCAGGCGAAGGCCGGCUAUCUUAGGCACAAUCACCAUAACGGCGGCAACGCGCGCUUCCUGCACGACUACAACGAGCCGGUGACGCUGGCCUGCCACCAGGAGCACAGCCCGCCCAGCGGCGGCCCCAUCGACGAGUGCCUGCAGCAGCAGCAGCAGUGCCGCUACUGCGACCCGGCCACCCUCGUCUGGGACGUCAGCGAGCAGAACGGCUUCCCCUACCUGCAGGGCCACCAGUCCUCGGACUUCCACCACCACCACCACCACCACCACCACCGCUACUCGCAGCUGCCGGCCGCCGUCUUCCUGACCCGGCCGUUCAUCUGCCAGGAGGGCCACCACGUGUUCGACGUCGCCGACAACCCCUGCCAGCUGAGACUCAGGCCGGCCGAGGGUCUGCGCCGCAGCUGGAGCGACCCCAGCAGCUACUUCAGCAACGGCGAGAUGCCCGGCGGCGGCGAGCUGCUGCCGAACCGCGACGUGGGCGUGAUCGGCGACCGGGGCCAGUCCGGCACCGAGUCGGCCCUGAAGGGCAGCUGGCGCGGCGACGCCUCGGCCGCGACGCCCUCGAGCCAGAACUCCAGCCUCCAGUCGUCCUCGUCGCCGCUGAGCAGCGGCCCCGGGAGCCCGGGAUUGCAGGGCCCGCUGGAGGUCAGCACCGAGAUCGUGACCUCGCCGAACGGGCACCGCGACCUCGAGAUCAAGUUCUACUCGUCCUCGCCGACGACGAGCUCCUACGACUGCAGCUCCGACGAGCUCAAGACCUUCGCCUUCCCCGACGACGAGGAGCUCAGCGACGACAUCUGGAGCUACCACGAGUCCAAGCUCCAGCAGGAUUUCCGCACGCUCCUGCAGGCCGAGGAGUGAUGCCACGGCUGCGGCUGCCACUGCUCCGCAUGUCCCACUGUGCAGUUCGCGAGUGUUACACGACUAUGCUAAAAUGUGUUUGUUCUUAUCUGUGACUGAACCGAAAGACAGCGAGCGGCGCACUCUCGAGUUAUAAAUAUAUCUGUAUCCACAUAUGAAAAGCGCGCGAGCGGAGCGACGAGAGAUGGCCGAGACACGUUUCAUUUUCGUUCUUUUUUUCUCUCUCUUAUAUGCGGCUAGUAAUACACCGGCGCGAUUUUCUCGCUGCUCCGCAAACGCGCUCUAGCACAGGUCAACGUAUGUAUAAGCAGAAGCUAUAUAGCGCAGGAAAAGGUAGUUUCCGAUUUCGCUAAGUCACGAACGUCCGUUUGCCGUCGAAAUACGAACCGCGAGAGGUGACGACACUCACACUUACGCUUUAGCCAAUAUUGGACUAAGAGUAUAAUAUAGAUCCACACUCUCACAUACGUACACACGAAAACGAACACGGAGAAAUCGACGGCAAACCGACGUCGCCUCGCGAUUUCGAGUUUCCCCGGCGCGCGAGGAAACCGGUCGCCACGCGUAUGAUGUAUAUGUAUACACGACACAAGACACACACACACACACGAUAAAUAUAAAUAUAUGUUAUUAUUAUGAUAAUUAUUACCGAUUAACAUUAUUGUCGACGACUCGAGAGAAAGAGAGAGGGGCUUGCUAAUCGGCCCUCGCCUCUCGAGGACGAGCACUCGAUUCCACUUGCGUUCCUUGAACUGCGCGGCCUGAGAGAGAGAGAGAGAGAGAGAGAGAGAGAGCAGAGAUGUCGUGAAAUUUUUCCGAAAGAGCGAAAGAGAGAAACGAUAAUACUAAUAAUCGCUCGGCGAUAUAGUCGGGGGGAAAAGAAUCGGCUCUAAUUGCACUCGUAAAAUAACAACGACUCCGGAGCGCGCGCGUUUCUCUCGGCUCGCUCGCCGAGGGAAAUCGCCGAAUAGCUAUAGAUAUACAAUACCCGUGCAUCUGGCGCAUACACACGUGCGCACGUGUGAGAGAGAGAGAGAGAGAGAGAGAGAGAGAGAGAGAGAGAGAGAGAGAGAGAGAGAGAGAGAGAGAGAGAAAGAAAGAGAGAGACGGACAGAGAAAGAGCUAAUAUUUCCUUUUCCACGAGCGCGCCGGAGGCGGCCUCUUUUUGCGCUCGAAUUUCGUCGCACAGCGUGUACACACUAUACGUAUAUUUAUAGGAGACUUUCUCUUCCGGCCCGAGUUUUCUGAUUGCACCGACACGCUCGCGCACAAUUGUAGACGAGCGAUUCUAUUGUCUCUCGAGCGAGAGCGCGCUGUAUCGCGUGACACGAAAUUUUUGACACAAUUAUACCUAACGAAAUUGUUUGUCGCGUUAGCGGAUUGCGAUAUAGGUAACAAAAAGUAAAAAACGGAGUUUCGCAAAAGCCCGCACAGCAGAUUCGACGCAGCACGGAGAGUCGGCACAGCUGCACGCGUGACUGGAGCGCGAUUCGAUUCGCGGCUGCGGAACGGCACGUUUUCUCGUGCGAUCGGCGCCGAUCGAUUAGGCGACGUUUAGGAUUAAAAGCGACGAUUGCGAAAGCGAGCACAUGCAUGUGUACACACAACGAGAUCGGCUCUUUUUUCUCCUUCCCCUCGGUUAUAUUGCCGGUGUAUACACGCGGCCUACUGUUGCGCGGAAAUUCGGAAUCGCGAUAACGUCGGUGUUAGCGUGUGUGUGUAGGAAACGCGAGAAGUAGGUUAGAGCGCUAUAGGGGAGAAAUGAGAAAUUCAGUAUGUGUGUGAUUUUAUUGCGCUCGCGCGAUCGUUGCGGUUUUAUGUAUAUACUUACUUUGGAAACGGCGCGAAAGAGAAGGGAAAUUGUGCAGCCGGGGCCUCAUUUGCCCGCUCGCGAAUAACGAUGAAUUGAUGUAUGGUAAUUCGAAGAGUCGACUCGGUCGGGAUUUAUUCCGUCGCUGUUGCGUGUGUAUCCGUUUUUCAAAUUUUAUCUUCCUCGUCGUGAAAUUUCACUUUUUUUUUCGUUUUAACGCGCGCGUCGUAAACUCGAAAUCCGGAAAUCGCAUAAAAAAAGGAACAACUUUAUCGAAUUCUCAAACUUCGGGUCGAUUUCUCAAGCAAUAGCGCGUUAUCGAUUACACGUGUACGAGCAUUAAUUAUUCCCGUUCGCUCUUCGUUUGUCCGCCUACAUACACGGACACACGCGCGCGCGCGAAUACACUUCUCCCUCUCGAUUGCGACGAUUUCGAGGCCGGAUAUCGGGGAGGAACUGUGAUAUCGAUGGGUCAACGAGCUGUAUGGUUAUAUUCUCUCUUUCUCUCUUAGCCGCACGACGGCGACUGUGUAUAGGUGCGCGUACAUCCGACGACAACGGCUCUGGUAGAAGAAGAGGAAAAGGCGGCUCCGUAAUUUAUUUAUUGUAAUAACACUGUGUGUAUCGCGAAUCGUCCCUGCGACAACUCUGUAACAUAUACGAUAUAGACGCGAGACGAAGUAAGGAAAUUUUCAAAGAGCCGCUGCAGCGCUUCGAGCAAAAGUGAAAGUCCGCCUGGCGAUCGAACUUUAUUCGAUGUCCAUGUGUAUACGUAUGUGUAUAGCGCGGGUUUUCACUUUUCGCUGAUGCCCCGUCGUGCAGCUGUGGAGAACGAUUUUAGUCAAAUGUGUAAUAAUAGCGCGCGCGAAGCGCUCGUCUCGCGUCGCAGACACGCUGAUGUAUUUAUUCACGAUCUCGGAAAACUUAAUUUAUUCGCAGCGAGACGAGCUUUUCGUGUUCAGCUCUCGCGAGCCCCGGCGACGACGUGUGUACAAUUGUAAUCGACGAGCGGCCUACGCCGCGAGAGGGGAAAAACUCGAUGACGUGUAUUGUAGCGGACCGCGAUCGAAUUAUCGAGCGCGCACUUCGAUCGUGGCCCCGACGAAGCUUCGAGGUCUCUCACUCUCUGUUCUAUUCGUCGUUUUUCUUCCUCUCUCGCGAAACGCAGCCCUCCCCGUGUACCCCUGCUCUUCGAUUUCGUGAUUACUAUGUACAUUGCUAGUGCGUGCGAUAUGCGUCGUCGACACGCUCUGCUCUCGACCGGUAUGAUGAUGGUGAUGAUGAUGAGUGAAGUGAACUAUGAAAAUAAAGCGUACUGUUUGUAAAUGCAA